AUUUUCCAAACUCUGUGCUUUCAUUUUAAUUCCACCACGACCGUAUCGCUUCUUAUCGAUCGUUUUCACUUUCCAAGAGUCCCCUGUUAAUGAAGAUCUUCCCGAUGAGUUCUAAUUGCAUUCCAAAUCGUUUAAUUCUGCUAAUGAUGGACUGGUGCAAAAGAACUGUUAGCGGAGACUUGUUUUAUUAAUGUCUUUUAAUCUGUGCACCUGUAGUAUCUCGGCGGAAUCGUUUAACGGAACGAGAGACAAGCCGUCUGAUUCUGCGGUUGGUUGCUGCAUCUUCUUCUAAUUCUUCCUCUUUUCUCCCGGAACUAAGCCUAUAUCGGCUGCGGAACUUCUUUACAUUUCUUGGAAUCACAAUGGGAUUGACUGAAAUCGAGGCUGCCGGAUGUCGAGAGAUUCUAAAUUAUCUGAACGAACACAAGGUACUAAGAAUAUUCGCCUGGAAGUUUGGCCUUGAAGAUCCAGCUAGCAUUGUUGCUUGCUUGGAAAGGCAACGACUUCUCAAAGGGUAUGGUGACAGCAGUCACAUGACCACAAGACAGAAAGCCAUCGAUUACAUUGUGCGAGAUGCCAGCAAUCCUUUAGAAAUUCUCAGUAGGCAAGAUGUUCGAAAGGAACACAUGAAGAAAUACCUCGAAUCUCGCAUGAUGGGCAAGGAAGCUAAGGGCAACAAAGCGGCGCGUUUGAAAAAUAUCAUCCUCAGCACUUGGCUGUCCUCGUACAGAGUGCCAGACGAAGCCCUAGAUAAUGGGAAAGCAGUUCUUCUUCAUUUCUUGUUGACAUUAAACGGAGAACAAGGCACUGAACCUUUGCCCCUAAGGGAAACCUGCGAAUUCUCUUCCUUGGACUUCAUAUCGAAGAGACAAUCAGGCUACGCUGGAAGAUCAGGUUUUUACCACGGCAUAUCUGAAAUAGCAAAGAAAGGCAAUACCUUCAGGAACGAUAUUCGAUUCUUCCACUUUGACGAUUCCGAUAUGCAUAUCAAAGUGCGAGGUGCAGGCCAAGUGAGGGAGACUGGAUUGUACUUCUAUGUGCUGUUGACGAUCAUUCGAGAUCAGUCAAGAAAUUUCACCCUCGAGAAAGCACAGAUGGUUACAAGUAUUGACAGUGAAAAUUUGCUCAUAAAUCUCUUGCAUAGCCCACAAUUCUAAGAGUCCGGUGAUGGAAGUGGAAAUUAGGGGGCACAACUGCAUCAUGAACAUUGUCAUAUUCGAUGUUGCUUUCGGAAUAGUGAUUUCCAAUUGAAAAGCAGAAUUCCUAUCUAAUUAGAAUAGAAAAGAAAGCGUGUACAUAUUUUAAAACAAUUUUAAUCAUAGAUUUUCGUUUUAAAUGGCUGGAAGAAAGAUCGAAAAAAAAUAUGAAGAGAUUUCAUUAUAAUAUAAUAAAUAAAUCUGAAGGGGGGAAAAUCUAAUACAUGUUCUUAAGAUUUAAAAUACGUAAUAUGUUUCAAAUCUAAGUUUUUCAUUGUAGAAUUGCAGCGAAUAUGUUAGCUGUUCUACAAUUUUUUUACAUAGUCAAAUAUUCCUUCAUCAUUCAUAGAAAAUAACUAAUAAUUUAUAUUUUACUGAUAUUACGAAGCAUAAUGAAAUGAAACCUAUUAAAGAGCAUCGAAAACUUUGGUAUUUGUACACACCACAUAUAAGCAUCUUACACAAUUUAAAAAAUUGGUCACUGAUUCAAUUCAAUACAUUGGGAAUCACACCGUCCAUAUGUCUAUAAUCUUUAAGAAAAAGCAAUAUGUGAAAGACAUGCAUAUCUUUGCCUUAUAUUUAUGAUUUUCGCUAUGAAUAUAUCCGUGAGCCAAAAAAUAUAACGUAUCAAAAAAUGUUUUUCUCAAACAUAAUAACAUUUCCAUCAUUUAAAAGCUCUUUGUUUAAGGAAUUUUUUGUUGCGUUCGAUUUGUAUCGUCCUUUUUCUGAAUGCUAAAAAUGGAAUCCUUAGCAAUCAGAGAUUUAGGUUGCAAGUUGUCUUUUUAAACUGUGUUUAAAAACCUUCUAAGACAUUGCUUAUCUUAUUUUCAUGUCACUGUUUUAGUUUUAAAUAAAGCGAAAGUAUAUUAGCAUUAUAUUUGAUGUUAGGAGAUUUUUCAAAUUUGCUUAAAAAUACACUAGGGAAGUUUUGCAGAUUUAUCUUAAGAUGCAAUUAAUAUUUUAAUGGAUAUCUCUAUUAAAACGGGUAAGAAGAAACUCUCAUGUGUUAUAAUGUACAAUUUUGAAAUUUACUUGAUAGAAAAGUAGAAUUCAAAUACUUAGAUCUUCUAUGGAGAAAUUCUUUUUUCUAGCUUAAAUUUCAUUUUUGAUAUUUUAUAUAAUUUUUUAUUCAGUUCGAAAACAAAUUCAGAAUGCACAAUAAUUCAAGAAUAAGAAUUCCAAACGAACUAUUAAAAGAUGUUCCUUUUUUAAAAAAACGAAAGAUCAAAAAUGCGUUAAUAAAAGCCCGUUUAGUGUCUAAUGAUUAUUACAUGGUUAUUAUUUAUAUUUUCUUGAUAGAUAUUAAUUGGAUAGCUACACGUUCAAUGCGCACAAACUAAAAACGACCGUGUCUCGUAUUCAAAACUAACAUUUAUUCAAGAAUUUGCUUUUUAUUUGGAAACUUUAUUGCAGUAUCUCUUAUAAAUAUUUUAUUAUUUCCUUUCGUAUGAAAUCCCCUAAGAAAAUUUGCAAGCAGCAAAUGCUAAAAAUUUUAUUUAAUAUGUUCUAUUUAGCCGAAUCAACGACAUCGGUUAGCACAAUUAAAAUAAAAACUACAGAAAUCUGAAAUAUUUUCCCUUUCAAAUUUUUCUUUUAAAAUAUUUGCUGCCUUGAAUAUUUAAAACUAAUGACUUAUUAUAUAAAGAAGUAUUUUUGUUCGUAGUAAUAUUAUUCAUAAUGAAAG